GACAUACAUCAAGUGUAAUUAACAGACUGCCCCUCUCUGAAAGCUCGAUAUCACAUAAUCUUUCUCACACCUUCAACAAAGGAUAAACAAAUUGGUGUUGGAAGAUGCCUGCAACUGGAGUUGCCAGCAAUUUAUUAUGCCAUUAUUUGCCAGUUUUGAUACGCAAUAACCAUGAUGUUUUGUUGGACCAUGCCUGGUGCACUGCAGUGUUUUUAGAACUGUGUGUCGAUCUUCUCAUGACAUCUGCAUCACAGAUAAGACAAUGUUUGGGCCGACUGCGUGAUAUAAAGGCAGGAAAUCGGAAGCAGAGGAAAGAAGAGGGCAAUGAAAAAAAAGAACAUACACUUUAUGAACGAGUUUGGGGAAUGUUUUUGAAGUCUCAUACCUCCGAUCGUGAAUGCACAUGGCACUGUAAAAACGUUGUAUACAAACGCCUUUCUGUGAGUUUAGCCAUCAUGCAAAAAAAGUUCUUUCAAGAACUGUGCCUAGCCGUUCUUUAGAGAAAAGUACGAUAUCACUUUCAACCGAUCAUAAACAAGGCUAACAUUGCUGUAAAA